AUGGCGCUGGAGGUGGACGAGCUCUGCAGCGCUCUGCAGCGCCGGGGUGUCGCCAAGGCUGUGCCGGCGGCGUUUGCCGCUCCCGGCGCUCAAAAGGCGGCGGCGGCGUCACCGGCGCCUUCGAAGGCGCCCAAUGGCGACGCACCAAAGAAGGAGAAGGUGAAGGAGCCCAAGGUGGCCAAGGAGAAGCCGCAAUGGGGCGAGCCUGGCAAGGGCAAAGACAAGAAGAAGGAGAAGAAGGUGGAGCCCGAGGUGCCCCUUGUCCAGACGCCGCAUGGUGAGAAGAAGGACAUGAGCUCGGCCAUGGCCAGCGCCUACAACCCCAAGGCCGUGGAGAGCGCCUGGGACGCCUGGUGGGAGAAGCGCCGCUUCUUCACCCCGGACCCCAAGGCGGCACAGGGCGCGUGCGAGGCGCAGCGCUUCAUCAUGGUGAUCCCGCCGCCAAACGUCACGGGCAAGCUGCACCUGGGCCACACCCUUACUGGCGCCAUCGAGGACGCGCUGUGCCGCUGGCACCGCAUGUGCGGGCACACCACGCUCUGGGUGCCCGGCGUGGAUCACGCGGGCAUCGCCACGCAGAGCAUCGUGGAGCGGCGCUUGCUGACGAAGGAGGAGAAGAAGACCCGGCACGACCUAGGCCGAGAGGACUUCCUGAAGCGAGUUUGGGAAUGGAAGGAGAUGAACACGGGGCAUAUCAAGAAGCAGCUGCAGCGCAUCGCAUCUUCGGUGGACUGGACGCGCGAGCGCUUCACCAUGGAUGAGCGCUGCGCCCGGGCCGUGGAAGAGGCGUUUCUCCGAUUUCACGACCAGGGGCUCAUCUACCGGGACAAUCGCCUGGUGAACUGGUGCCCGUACUUGCGCACCGCUCUCUCAGACCUCGAGGUGGACCACGAGGAGAUUGCGGGGAAGACGCUGGUGACGGUGCCGGGCUUCGAGGGCAAGGUGGAGGUGGGAGUGCUCUGCGAGUUCAAGUACAUGAUCAAGGGCACCAAAGAGGGCCUCGUGGUUGCCACCACCCGACUGGAAACGAUGCUGGGAGAUACCGCGGUGGCGGUGCAUCCGGAGGACGACAGAUACAAGGCCUUCCACGGGAAAGAAUUGGAGCACCCCUUCUUCCCCGACCGGAAGAUGGUGGUGAUCGCGGACACCAUGGUGGACCGGGAGUUCGGCACCGGCUGUGUAAAGAUCACCCCGGCGCACGACCACAACGAUUUCAAGGCGGGGGUGCGGCAUGGCCUGAAGCAGAUCAACGUCUUCUCUGAGGAGGGCGAGAUCAAUGCGAACGGGGGGGACUUCAAGGGCCAGCACCGCUUCAAGGCGCGGGCCACCGUGGAGGAGGCCUUGAAGCAGAAGGGCCUCUGGGUGGGGAAGAAGUCCCACUCGAUGCGUUUGGGCUUCUGCUCCAGAUCCAAGGACAUCAUCGAGCCGUAUUUGAAGCCUCAGUGGUGGAUGAACUGCAAGGAUCUUGCUGACAGGAGCGUGAAAGCUGUGCGAACUGGGGAGCUGAAGAUCCUGCCGGAGUUCCACCACCAGACGUGGUACAACUGGCUGGAGAACAUUCAGGAGUGGUGCAUCUCCCGGCAGCUCUGGUGGGGCCACCGGAUUCCCGCGUACAAGGUGGUGAAGCCGGUGCAGAAGGAGGAGAGAAGUGGUACACCGGGCGCUCCGCAGCGGAAGCCGCCGCAAAGGCUGAGAAGGACCUCAAGACAAAGGUGGAAGUGGAGCAGGACGAGGAUGUGUUGGACACCUGGUUCUCUUCCGGGCUCUUCCCCUUCUCUGUCUUCGGCUGGCCGGACGAGAACGAGGACCUGA